UCGCGGACUACGGGCAGGCCCAGCGCGAUCAGGGCGUUUGCAAUUGUGUGUUUUGUUUUUCUUUUUAAUGCAACAUUUGAAAAGGGAUCGACUCUAUAUGGCCCCUUGUUCUGUCAUGAGUGCUUUGCAAGUGACAACUGGCGGCGUUAAGAACGAAGAACCCCGCUCUUUGAGCAAAGGGAUACAGAGCGCUGUGAAAUUAGCGGUGGAGGAAGAGAUGGACAGACCCAAAGCCCCUCCUGCGCUUCUCCCAUUUAGUGUGGAAGCGCUCAUGUCGGACAGGAAACCCAGCCGGGUCAGCUCAACUUCGGACGCACCGCUUGUUGGCCCCUCGCAGAGCCUGAGUCCUCGAACCGCUGGUUUACCCGCUCAGGAGACGUUACCUACUGCUCUGCCGGCGAGUACUUCCUACACGGUGGAAGGACUGUUAAAACUAUCUGAAGACGCACUUGUCAAGUCGGAGAGUAGCGACCGACAAGAACGGACGCCUUGGAUACAAGAUUCGCGGUUCUCUCCUCCUCCUAGGAGAAUGAGUCCUCCUACUUGCACCCUCAGAAAGCACAAAACCAACCGCAAACCCAGGACUCCAUUCACCACCUCGCAGUUACUGGCCCUGGAGCGCAAGUUCCGCCAAAAACAAUACUUGUCCAUCGCUGAGAGAGCAGAGUUUUCCAGCUCACUUAACUUAACAGAGACACAGGUGAAAAUCUGGUUUCAGAAUCGCAGGGCGAAAGCCAAACGACUGCAAGAGGCCGAGCUGGAAAAACUGAAAAUGGCAGCCAAGCCCAUGCUACCACCGGCUUUUGGAAUUAGUUUUCCCAUCGGUACGCCCGUCCCCGCAACAUCUCUGUAUGGAGCCUCCCACCACUUUCACAGACCCACUCUACCAGUAUCGCCAGUCGGACUAUAUGCUGCUCAUGUUGGAUACAGCAUGUACCAUUUAGCCUGAACGGAAUCGAGCGAAGGGACUUGAUAACAUACGCACGCAUGUACACAACCGAUUGGACUCCUCUUCCCCCGUUCAAUUUGCAGUGAUUCCCUCUCUGGGAGGGAGUUGUG